UUCCAGGCCCCUGUGACCCAGAGGAUCUGCUGGACGGUGUGGUUUUUGGAGCCAAGUACCUGGGCUCCACGCAGCUGAUCUCGGAGCGGAAUCCCCCGACCAGUGUCCGCAUGGCCCAGGCCCAGGAGGCAGUGGACAGGAUCAAGGCCCCAGAGGGGGAGUCCCAGCCCAUGACAGAGGUGGAUCUGUUUGUCUCCACGCAGAGGAUCAAGGUGCUCACGGCUGACACACAGGAGGCCAUGAUGGAUCACUCCCUGCAGACCAUCUCCUACAUCGCCGACAUCGGCUCCCUCGUGGUGCUCAUGGCGCGACGGAAGCUGCCGCGGCAGGCGCAGGGCACGGGGGAGAAGCGGCUCUACACCAUGAUCUGCCACGUCUUCCACUCGGCCGACGCCCAGGUCAUUGCUCAGGCCAUUGGGCAGGCGUUCAGUGUCGCCUACCAGCGCUUCCUGGAGGCCAACAGCAUCAACCCGAGCGAGCUGAGCCCUCACCAGUACAGCCGUGCCCUGGAGGACCAGGAGCAAUACAAUGCAGAGCUGAGCCACUUCUCCCGGCAGGAGAACUGCAAGGAUGUCUGCAUCCAGAAGCAGAAGGGGGAGAUCCUGGGCAUUGCCAUCGUGGAGUCAGGCUGGGGCUCCAUCCUGCCCACGGUGGUUAUCGCCAACCUGAUGCACGGGGGCCCCGCGGAGAGGUCGGGUGAGCUGAGCAUCGGGGACCGCCUCAUGUGCGUCAACGGGAUGAGCCUGGUGGGGCUGCCCCUCGCCACGUGCCAGAGCAUCAUCCGGGAGCUGAAGCACCAGACAGAGGUGACACUGAACAUUGUGCACUGUCCCCCUGUCACCACGGCCAUCAUCCGGCGCCCCGACUCCAAGUACCAGCUGGGCUUCUGCGUUGAGAAUGGUGUGAUCUGCAGCCUGAUGCGUGGGGGCAUCGCAGAGAGAGGCGGCAUCCGCGUGGGGCACCGCAUCAUCGAGAUCAACGGGCAGAGCGUGGUGGCAACACCACACGAGAAGAUCAUCCAGAUCCUCACGCAGGCUGUCAGUGAGGUCCACAUCAAGACCAUGCCGGCCUCCACGUACCGCCUGCUGACCGGGCAGGAGCAGCCCAUCUUCCUCUGA